GGCAGCCACUACCAACAGAUCCCAGAUAACCCCGUGGCCCUGGCACUGGGUGGGUCCUGAGGGCUUCUCCCCAAGUGGACCCUGGUCGCUGACAGAGGAACCGGACCUGGCCUGGCAGUGACAGUGGCCUUGUUUCCUAGGAUGGACUGCAGACGGUGGCCUUCACGCUGGACCUGGUCCCUGCUGGCUGUGGCACUUGUGGUUGGAGGUGUGGCGUCCAUCAGGGCCACGGACAACGGCCCGGCGUCCAACAGCCUGGAGGGGGGCGCAGACGCCACUGCCUACUGGUGGGGGGAGUGGACCAAGUGGACGGCGUGUUCCCGCAGCUGUGGGGCCGGGGUGACCUCCCGGGAGCGGCACUGCCUCCAGCAGAGGAGGACGUCUGUCGCGAGCGCCGGGAACAGGACCUGCACGGGCACGUCCAAGCGCUAUCAGCUGUGCCGGGUGCAGGAGUGUCCCCCCGACGGGAGGAGCUUCCGCGAGGAGCAGUGCAUCUCCUUCAACUCCCACGUGUACAACGGGCGGACGCACCAGUGGAAGCCCCUGUACCCCGACGACUACGUCCACAUCUCCAGCAAGCCGUGCGACCUGCACUGCACCACGGUGGACGGCCAGCGGCAGCUCAUGGUCCCCGCCCGCGACGGCACGUCCUGCAAGCUCACCGACCUGCGAGGGGUUUGCGUGUCUGGAAAAUGUGAGCCCAUCGGCUGUGACGGGGUGCUCUUCUCCACCCACACACUGGACAAGUGUGGCGUCUGCCAGGGCGACGGGAGCAGCUGCACCCACGUGACGGGCAACUACCGCAAGGGGAACGCCAACCUCGGUUACUCUCUGGUGACCCACAUCCCGGCUGGCGCCCGAGAUAUCCAGAUUGUGGAGCGGAAGAAGUCUGCCGACGUUCUGGCUCUUGCAGACGAAGCGGGCUCCUACUUCUUUAACGGCAACUUCAAGGUGGAUAGCCCGAAGAACUUCCACAUCGCCGGCACCGUGGUCAAGUACCGGCGGCCCAUGGAUAUCUUCGAGACCGGCAUCGAGUACAUUGUGGCGCAGGGGCCCACCAACCAGGGCCUGAACGUCAUGGUGUGGAACCAGGAUGGCAAAAGCCCGUCCAUCACCUUCGAGUACACGCUGCGGCAGCCGCCGCACGCCCACCGCAUCCCGCCCGUGUACUACAGCUUCUCCGAGCCCACCUCCGAGAGCACCGAGAGCCAGGAGCUGGACGGCCCGGGGCUGCUGGGCUUCCUGCAGCACAACAGCUCGCUGUACGGCCAGGCCUCCUCCGAGCGGCUGGGCCUGGACAACCGGCUGUUCGGCCCCCCGGGCCCGGAGGUCGAGCUGGGUCUGAGCAAGGGCCAGGAGACCAACGAGGUGUGUGAACAGGCCAGCGGCGGCAGGGCCUGCGAGGGACCCCCCAGGGGAAAAGGCUUCCGAGACGGCAACGCCACGAGGAUAGCUCUCUCGGGGGACAAGGAUGACCCGGAGGCCGACGCCCGCCUUGCCUCCCAGGAGCGCCUCUCUGCCAACGCCAUCUCCGGCCACCUCCUGGGCACAGGCUCCGACUCCAAGGAACGCUCCCUCAAUGCCACGGUCAACGGCAUCUUUGUGCAGGGUACCCCGAGGAGCUCCCCAGCCGACAGCCUCUACGUUGACUAUGACGAGAACGAGGGGGGCGGUGCUUACCUGUUCAAUGGGUCCUACCUGGAGCUGAGCACCGACAGAGUGACCAACACCUCGUCAGAGGCUCCGUUCCCCAACGCAAGCGCCAGCCUCCCCACCAUGGCGGGGAACAGGACGCACAAGGCCAGGACCAGGCCCAAGGCACGCAAGCAAGGCGUGAGCCCGGCGGACAUGUACCGGUGGAAGCUGUCAUCCCACGAGCCCUGCAGUGCCACCUGUACCACAGGGGUCAUGUCGACCUACGCCAUGUGCGUCCGCUAUGAUGGCAUCGAGGUGGACGACAGCUACUGCGAUGCCCUGACCCGUCCGGAGCCGGUGCAGGAGUUCUGUGCUGGGAGGGAGUGCCAGCCCAGGUGGGAGACCAGCAGUUGGAGCGAGUGCUCCCGCACCUGUGGCGAGGGCUACCAGUUCCGCAUUGUGCGCUGCUGGAAGAUGCUGUCCCCCGGCUUCGACAGCUCCGUGUACAGUGACCUGUGCGAGGCGGCCGAGGCCGUGCGGCCCGAGGAGCGUAAGACGUGCAGAAACCCGGUCUGUGGGCCACAGUGGGAGAUGUCUGAGUGGUCUGAGUGUACAGCCAAGUGUGGGGAGCGCAGCGUGGUGACCAGGGACAUCCGCUGCUCCGAAGAUGAGAAGCUAUGUGACCCCAACACCAGGCCUGUGGGGGCGAAGGACUGUGCAGGGCCCCCUUGUGACCGGCAGUGGACCGUCUCUGACUGGGGGCCGUGCAGCGGAAGCUGCGGCCAGGGCCGCAUGAUCCGACACGUGUACUGCAAGACCAGCGACGGACGGGUGGUGCCCGAGUCUCAGUGCCAAGUGGAGACCAAGCCGCUGGCCAUCCACCCCUGUGGGGACAAGAACUGCCCUGCCCACUGGCUGGCCCAGGACUGGGAGCGGUGCAACACCACCUGCGGCCGCGGCGUGAAGAAGAGGCUGGUCCUGUGCAUGGAGCUGGCCAACGGGAAGCCGCAGACGCGCAGCGGCCCCGAGUGCGGGCUGGCCAAGAAGCCGCCGGAGGAGAGCACGUGCUUCGAGAGGCCCUGCUUCAAGUGGUACACCAGCCCGUGGUCUGAGUGCACCAAGACCUGUGGGGCGGGCGUGCGGAUGCGGGACGUGAAGUGCUACCAAGGGACCGACAUCGUCCGCGGCUGCGACCCGCUGGUGAAGCCCGUCGGCAGACAGGCCUGUGACCUGCAGCCCUGCCCCACGGAGCCCCCAGACGACAGCUGCCAGGACCAGCCAGGCACCAACUGCGCCCUGGCCAUCAAGGUGAACCUCUGUGGCCACUGGUACUACAGCAAGGCGUGCUGCCGGUCCUGCAGGCCCCCCCACUCCUAGACCUGCCACCGCAGCUUCUGGGCCCCCCACGGACACCCUCCUGCAGGGCGCCCGGGCUGAAGAUGUGACACUGAGCCUCUGCUCUCCCCAGGGAAGGAGAGCCCCCACCGCCGGGCGCCUGUGGGCCCCCCAGGCAGAGCCACCCUCCGGGCAGCUGCUCUCGGAGCCUGAGCCCGGUGUCUCUGCGGUUUCCACCCAGCACCCAGCCCAGCACCCAGCCCGGGCCCAGGCCCGGAGGCGGAGGGGACCAGCCCUCCUGCCCCUCCCGAGCCCCUUCCUUCUCGGGUGGCUGAACCUUGGGCUCAGCCCUGGGAAGGUCCUGCCUGCCUCCAGGGCGGGUGGAGACAGGGUGGGCAGGAAGAUGUGGGUGCCGCCUCCGAUCUCGGUCCUACUUAGGUGUCCUCCUUCCAGAGGAACUUUAUCUCCCACGUAGCGUCGUUGCCCCUGCCCAGAGGGACCCACCGCA